AUGCGGGUUUUGUUGAAUUUUGUUUUCUGUAUUGUGGGCUAUGCAGAGAUCGAAGAAUACAAGAUUCCACUGGAAGAAUGCAGCAGCCUCGGCUUCCUUCCUGAAACCCUAAAGUGUUCUUCAUGUGAAAAACUUGGUACUUAUAACCUGGAGAUGUUGAUGAGCGACUGUAUGUCAUGUUGUUCAAAGGAGAAGGAAUUGGAACACGAGAAAUAUCCCAUGGCUCAGAUCGAGGUCUGUGAAUGUAACCUUGGGCGCUUUCCGCAAGUUGAAGCUUUUGUAAGGGAAGAUAUGGCUUCUCAGUGGGGUGGUAAAGUACGUGUUCGUCACGUUAGAGGAGUUCGCCCACAGAUCAUCUUAAAGGAUGCAAAUGGCGUUACGAAGCAAACUCUCAACAUCGAAAAGUGGGACACUGACACAAUUUCCGAUUUCUUAAAUCAGUGGAUAGAGUAA